CUAGAAUUUUCAGCAUGGUGAUUGGAAAUGAGGAGCAGCUAACAGAGGUUACCACAAUUAAAGAUGAGCCCCUGGACCCCCCUGAGGAAUACUUCAGCUCUGCUGCACGUGACAACUAUAGCAACCCACGUGACAACUAUAGCAACCCACGUGACAACUAUAGCAACCCACGUGACAACUAUAGCAACCCACGUGACAACUAUAGCAACCUACGUGACAACUAUAUCAACCCACUAAACGACGAACUGUUCAACCAGCCUUCACCCGGAGAUAAUCAGAACAAUGUUAAUCUGAGCAGUAAUGAUAAUGAUAAUAGGGCCGAUGACUCAAAAUCAAUUACACAGACCGACAGACAGACAAACACACAGACAAACACACAGACAAACACACAUACAAACACACAGACAAACACACAGACAAACACACAGACCGACACACAGACAAACACACAGACAAACACACAGACAAACACACAGACAAACAACACGCCUACAGUGAUCAGAUCGUACUCUCUGGCGAAUAUCCCCAAAUGUGGUGAUGAUGGGAGAGUACUGACUUUGGGACAGAGACUGGCACUUAUUCAGAAGAAACACGAGGAGAAGAGGAGCUCAGAGGCCACAUCUUCUUCGAGUAUAACGACAUCGGAAGGAGAGACCACGCCCUCCAGUUCUACUGCAGACCAACGUGGAGACUCUUCAUCAGCAGCCCAGGACAGGAUUAACGUUUACUCAGGGCUUAAAUACAACGUUGCUAUGAAAGUGCUGGUAACUGAAGAGAUAAAUAGGAUCAUGAACCAACGUGGGAAGGAAUAUUACAUAAAAGAAGGGUUGCGUGUGUUACGGUUCACUAAAACCCUCUACCCUGUGUAUAAAGAGUGUCAGGUUUAUCUGAAGGGUAGUCCCAAACAGGUACUGGAAUGUUUGUACACUAUAACAGAGGACCUCCGCAAGCAUUUUGACAGAAGAAGAAACAGCGUGGGCAAAACCCGGGAAGAGACUAUGUUGAUUGUUAUGCCUGCUAUGAUUACUUCAGAGUUACUACGGUUCCGCAAGAGAAAGAGAGUAAUACAGCACGUGGAGGAAAGUAACGGGGUGUGGAUACAACUAGAUGAGGGGACAGUAGAGGGAGAGUGUGUUAUCAGUGUUACUGGGCACAGACAACAGAUGAGGGAUGGACUUAGACAGCUGGUAGAAGAACUUGUCACCUCCACACACGCUGACACCCUGCCCUCACUCUUCUUCUACAUACCUCACCCUCGACACAGACACACCAGUACAUACAGUAAUACUUACAGUAAUACUUACAGCGGUACUGUCAGUAAUACUUACAGUGAUAUCGGUCCCCCGCGCUACAAUAGUGACCAGCAUAACAUGAACCCAGCAGAUGGAGGUACUCCUACUUGGUUAGCGUGUGGUAGACAGCAGUACCAUCAAUGGAAAACUUUCGGAGAUUACCGGUUUUAGGGAGCUCUUCUGGUGGACAUUUCUGAAUUUUGUGUGUUGAAGCUUGGUGUGUCAAGUAGUAAAUUGUCGUGUUGAUUUGAAUGUUGAAAUAAAUCCUUUCUAAGUAAUUGGGAGAAAUUCUUCUAAAAUUUAUAAAGUAUAUUUACUGAGUUACGGCUUCUUUUUUAGCUUCAUAGUUAUAAUAUUAUGCUGCAUAGCAUAGGGUACAUUUUACACACCGUUCCAUUUUAAAUUUUCAGAGAGAAUUUUACAAAUAAUUUUAUGUUAACUUAUUUCAUAAUGAUAAUGUUCAAAUUGAUACACUUUCUUUUUAAAUAAAAUUAUC